UGGGUUGUUUACAUUCCUAAGUACGAUUUGAUUUACAGGUACACACUGAUACCGGGUAUGUUUGCUUUCACGUCUGCAUAAUACCACCGAGAGUCCUGCUUGGUUUAUUUAUGGUGGUUUAAUACUGUACCUGUAUUCAAGUUUAAGAAGCAUGAAGUGAAGGUCAGUCAUCGAUAGCUGGCUGAGGACAACAUGUAUAGCAGGCGUAGGUUGGACAACAUGCUGGAGUAUCGUCUUACAUAGCAGAACACAGAUUUGCUGAUAACAGUGGUUUCACAGGUAACAGACCGGAGAUGGCAUCGACAGGUGGUGUCACGGACUCCAAUCCCAUCAGGCUGGUGAGCACUUCAGGUGUGACGAAUAUUAAAGGGGUUGGAAUAAGUGGCAAGCGAAUCCACUUCUUCACGGAUUUCUUCACCAACAUGAUUGAAAUCAAAUGGAGCUGGAAUGUAGUUAUUUUCAUUGGUGGAUUUACUAUCACGUGGUUACUGUUCGCAUUAUACUAUUGGCUGGUGUGUCAUCUGCAUGGAGAUUUUAUAAAUUAUUCAACUAACGACUGGAAUCCGUGUAUCACUGACGUAAAAUCAUUCGCAUCUACGUUUCUUUUUUCGAUUGAAACCCAGACGACUAUUGGGUACGGAUCGAGGUCCGUCACGGAAGAAUGUCCCGUUGUGUACAUUGGGAUCUUUAUACAAUCAAUCGUGGGUGCUGGAUUACAAGCGGCUUUGGCCGGUCUCGUAGUUGCCAAGAUCAGAAGAGCAAAGAAGAGGGCAAGAACAAUAUUGUUCAGUACUGUAGCGUGUAUAGUAGAGGAGGACGGUCAGAUGAAACUGGUUAUAAGAGUCGGCGACAUGAGAAAGUCUUUUAUACUAAACGUUCAAGUAAAAGGUUAUUUCUUCCAGAAAAUGGCUGCGAAAUCAGGGAAGAGUUACCCAGUGAAAUACCACCCAAUGACAUUCAAAGGAGAGGAUAGCAGUCUGCAGAUUUUCCUCGCGUGGCCGACACAGCUUGUUCAUGUGAUCGACGAGCGGUCUCCUUUGUGGACUAUGUCUCGUGAAGAUCUGAAACGUUAUAAUUGUGAGCUUGUUAUAAUUCUUGACGGGACGGUGGCUGCUACCAGUAUGCCGUUCCAGGCCCAAACGUCUUACCUUCCCUGGGACAUCCUCUGGGGUCACAGGUUCGAUACGUUAGGCACAAAAGUUAAUAAAUCAGGUGCUUACAUAUUAAAUUUUGCAAAUUUUCACAAGACGCACGCUCUAACUACUCCAGUGUGUAGCGCAUGCGAUUUGAAGAAAAUGAUAGACGCUGGACUUCCGGUUCCGAAAGAAUGUCCGAAAGAUUCCAAACAUAGCCAACAACCACUUAGUGCCGAUGAAUUUGAGGUUCGAUUCCAAAGUGCGGAUAACGAUGCUUAUGACCAAACCACACCAGUGGAAAAUAUUAACAAGCUUGGAGUUAAGUUUAACAGUUCAGAUAACAGUGCAUUCUGCCAUUCAACGCCUGAUAUGAAUACCCGCAAGAGGGCGUCCGUUAUGGCUAGUAGAUGACGUAUUGAACACGUCAUUACACAUUUUGAUGGUGCUCCGACAAUUAAAGUCUUCCAAUUAUCAUGUGAUCUGUAUUUCGUCAGAUUAAAUAACGAUUAUUUUUUAUGUUCCAAUUGUAUUUGUCGUGUAAUUGUUAUCAUUCAUGAAAUACACAAAAAUUAAAAGUUUGCAAAUAAGUUUUAGACUAUUAACAUUCAUAAAGUGAUAUUUGGAUACUUUAGAAUCAUAGAGUUGAAAUAUCUUAUGAAUAUUUACAUAUCUGACGCAAAAUUGUUCAACUAAAGGAUUGCAACUGUUGUAAUUACUCCGAAAUGGAAUGAUAGGAAGUUAAUUAAUGUAUUGAUCAAUUAAUAAAAGUCCUUAGGAAAAUU